UUGUUUAUUUGUUUCAUUUAUUGAUCUCUUUGUUUCUUUUAGCUACUAAUCAACUUAAUCAACUAGUUCAUAGAUACAACGUGUUAGAACCAAUUCUUCUGGAAAUUAUAUACUAUAUUUUUUGUUUAGCAUGUUUUUUUUUAUAGAAAGACGAAAUGACAAAUAACCAUUGAAACUUGCACACACAACGGAGGGGUUGGGGUUCGAACCCCGACGAAGUGUGUCUGGCAUAGCAAUUUUGGUAUUUUUGUUACCUGAGCUAGGACUUGUGGACUGUUAAGCAUUUUUAUUUCAACAAGAAAAUAGGUGUAGGCAUUAACGGUGUUAAGGAGUUAAAAGUCCAAGUUCAAAUUAUAGCACGAGAGAAAAUACCAUCAUAAAAAAAACAGAAAAUAGGUGUAUCAAAUAUAAAUCCCAUUCUAAUGACAGUGUAAACAAGUUAAUUAUAAGUUCUGUAAUGAUGUGUUUGCUUUGGCGGUGGAAAUUCCACGUUCGACCAAAAUCACGGUAGCAAUGCACGUUUAUUGUGAAGCUAGGAAUAUUAGUUUUUUUAUGACAAAAACAACUCGAAACGCACAGCAAUUGUGACAAAAAGCUAAACCAAACACAUGCUAACUCUAAUACAUGAAAAGACAACAAAUUUUAAUUUUUUUUUUUUUUUGAAUAGGCAAAUAUUAAUCAAUUAAUUGUAAUGUCGGUAUUUUUUCAUUCAUUGUGGGUUUGAGUUCUGGUACUUUAACUACUUAAAUUCCUUUAACCCUUAGGUCAAACCAUCAUCACCUGGUUCACAACUUGCUUUGGUCACCUACUUGGUACACAAAUCUUGAAGUAUUGCCUACUUAGGGGUAUACAUAAUCAAUACUCAACCCGGGAUUGGGUAACUCAACUGGUUUGAGCUAAGGAAUAAGAAGUUGGAGGUACUGGGUUCAAAGUCGGACAAAGGAGUAAAAACUAAUCAAACAACUAAUUACUAACAUUAACCAUUAAAAAAAAGUUGAUACUAAACCCUGGGGAUGUUAAACAAACUGUUAAACCAAACCAAACCACACUGAUUUGAGCUAAGGGUUAAAGAAGUUGAGAUUGUUGAGUCAACCCCCACAAAUUGUUGGUUCUUAGUGCAUUUGUUGUAAUAUACUACUUUUAAAAAUUAUUUAUAUUCGUUUUAUUUGUUCAUCUUGUUGUGUUUGGAUAAUAAGCAAAAUUAUUCAUGUUCUGCUGUUGUGAUCACAUUUUGUUCAACCAAAUGAGAUUAUACGGCCUCUAAGUUGUGAUCACAUUGAAAAUGAGAUGACGAUCAUGUCCAUGUCUCUCUAGAGGUAACCUUUUUGAUUGCAUAUUAUUCUGUUGUGCUUUUUAAACGAUAAGCGACUAAGCGUUGUAGUAUUUAAUUUCUAGCAGAAUUUCUUUUUAACACUUAAUAGCAGUUUUUGUUUGGGGAAAACCAAUUGUUAUUGUUAUUUAUAUAUUUAAUUAUGACAUUUGAUUUCCUGGACUAUUUCCUCCUUCAUUAUUGUUGACUGUUUUCUUUUAGUCAAGGAUAAGAAUCUUAGGUGAAAUCAUGGUGAUGUUUGGUUCAUUUGUCUCUGCUUAAAAUUUAAGAUUGUUCCCACUCAUUAGUGAUUUCAAGAGUCACUGCCCCUUACUUUUGCUUUUCCGUGUGGGAUUGUAAGCGAUUUGUUUUCAGGAAUGGUAACAUGGCCUAUUUUGGUUAUGCUUUACCCUGAUUGGUAUCCGUUCAUAAACCUUCCGAAUAAUGAUAAAUAUUUUGUUUAGUACAAUGAAUCUCGACCGUAAUCCAUAAAUGUUAAGGAAAAUGUAACGCACGACCAUGAUUCGAUUGUUUACUCUGGCACGUGAGAAAAUGGGAACACGUGACUUUGGAGGAGUAGGAGGCGCCUUUUUAUUUGCAUCCUUUCCCCCUUCCCUUUCAUCUCCUUAUCACAAACCUAAAAAACAUUUCAAACAAAGUUGAGGCGGAAGAGACCUUUCAAAGUUUUAUUUCGGGGGAAAAAUCUGCUAAUUACAUGGCACCUAAGAGAAAAAGAAGUCAACCUAACGGAGACGAAAGUCCAUCUGAGGGAGAAGAAAGUCCACCUGUGGGAAAAGUAAUUCCGACAGGAUGGGAUGUUAAUUCUGAAGUUCAGAAAGAUGGCUCGAUUAAAGCGUCUUACUGUUGUCCAGAUACCGAGCAGUACUACAACACAUAUCGCAGGCUAAUACGGUAUGUAAGCUAUGCUAAGAAAAACCAAGUUGGACCCUACGAACCGUUAUUGACAUCAACUAAAAUAAGAACUCCCAUUGUUUCCAGUCCCAGGAAGACAUCAGCUGCCUUGUCACUUCCUGGGGGACCACGCCAAUCAAGCUCGGAUUCGUUAGCUGCUGAUCAGGAUUCAGAUGAUGAUUCUAAAUCAUCCAGCACAACCGAAAGUGGUGAUGUGAAGGAAGACGAGGAAUCUGUGCCCAAGAAGGAUGCUGCUGUCUUUACUGAGUUGGGAACUGAUGCAGCGGUGCAUCAAAACACUCAGGAAAGGAGGAUGAGUAGCAGGCCGAAGAAAGCCAACACAAUGUUGACAGGUUUCGUUCUGUCCGAGGAAAAAAAGGGAGAAGGAAGAAGAAGGAUUAGGCAAUGAUUGGAUUCUGACUUAUUUCUCCAUCAUUACUCUUCUUUGUGACUUGCCUCAUUGUAUUACUCACUAAAUUCCAUUGAACCUAUUAGCUACUUUAUCAUAAUAUCUCUGUAGUGUACUUGCUGCAGAGUAAUUUCACCAAUAAAGUGAGUUUUUAUUUCA